AACAUAGAAACCUUAAACGAAGUCGUAUGAUAUCCCAACUAACGGUUUUCGAUCGUUUGAAUUUCCGUGAGACCCAACGUUUCGAUAACGCCAUCAGUAACUCCGAUGGGCCAAGGCCAUGAACCCCCGGAAUCCCCACCGGCCGCCCCACCAUUAUUCCGCCGCAUACACGACCUGGACAACGCCGUCUCCUUCUUUAUCUACACUCUCACACGCCCCAUCGCCCCAAAACCCCUUCUCCGAUACCUAGAGCUUUUGGCGGACUUCCGAUUCUUCUUCCCAGUCUCCCUCGCCCUCUUCCUCGCCGCCCCCUCCUCCUCCCCUCUCCGACCUAACCUCCUCCUUCCCCUCCUCGUCUGCUCCCUUAUUGAUCUCCUUUUCAUCGCCCUCAUCAAAUUCCUCGUCCGCCGAUCCCGCCCCUCCUACUCCAACCACUCCCAAUACAACGCCGUCGUCCCCGUCGAUAACUUCUCCUUCCCUAGCGGUCACUCUUCCAGGGUCUGCUUCGUCGCUUCCGUCUUCUCCCUCUCCCGCCCCUCGCUCCUCGCCGAUCUCCACCAUCUGCGUGUGGCCUUGCUCGUGAAUCGCUGGUUCGGCGGAGAUCAGGCCCUCGCCGUUGAUAUUCUCAUCUCGGCCGUUUGGGCUUGGGCCGUGACCACUGUAAUUUCUCGCGUCGCUCUCGGGAGGCAUUACGUUAUCGAUGUCUUCUUUGGCGCGUGCUUCGGAGUCCUCGAAGCGUUCUUCACCUUCCGCCUUCUCGAAUUCCGAGGGUUGCUUUGAGGUUCUGAUGGAGAAAUUCGAACUUAUGCUACCCGAGGGUAAGCGUUCUUAAUUGGUUUCUAACAGAUAAUGAAGUCGUGAUUGGUUUGAGUACAUUGGCAUCUUGCUCCUUACCAGAUAAUUUUGGAGACCUUAAUUACUUUAGUUUAUCUCAACUCUACUUCAAAUUUGUUAAAAUUACU